AUGGAAGAAUUUGGUAAAAAGUUUAGAGCAAAGUACUUUACCAAUUUAAAUGAAGAUGUGUGUCCAGUGAAUCAUGGUUCGUAUGGUUUGACACCUACCCCAAUCCACGAAAAGUACUUGGAAAUAAUUACCAACCAUGCAAACUACCCCGACAAGUACAUGAAGCAAGAACAGAGGGACAAAUAUAUUCAGAGUUUACAAGCAUUGUCCCAGAUAUUGAAUUGUGAUUACCAUAACUUGGCCAUUGUUGAUAAUGCAACCACUGGUAUCAAUACAGUAUUGAGAAGUUAUCCUUUUAAAAAAGGUGAUUCAAUUGUAAUACAGAGUACAGUAUAUGGAGCUUGUGGAAACACUGUCAAGUUUUUGAAGGAUCAAUUUGAUAUCGAUUUCCACGUUGUUGAAAUCAACUACCCCAUCACUGAUAAGGAGAUUUUAUCCAUGUUUGAGAAAGUGUUUAAAGAAAAAAGUCCAAAGUUGUGCAUGUUUGAUACAAUUUCAUCUAUGCCUGGGGUUAUCUUUCCUCACGUGGAAAUGACUAAAUUGUGUCACGAGUACAACGUUUUAUCAUUGAUUGAUGGUGCACAUGGAAUUGGAUGUAUCCCACAGGACUUGUCUGAUCUCAAGCCAGACUUUUAUGUGAGCAACUUGCACAAAUGGUAUUUUGUUCCCUUUGGUUGUGCUGUGUUGUACGUUGAUCCAAAACACCACAAGUAUAUUCAUACAAUGCCAAUAAGUCACUCAUAUUUGCCCUCUACUGUCGACUUGUCUGAGGAAGACGAAAGAAAUCGUUUGGUUGAUAGAUUCUUCUUCACUGGUACAAAGAAUUUUGCUUCCGUUGAAGUCAUUCCAUACGCGAUGGAGUUUAGACAACAAGUUUGUGGUGGGGAAAAAGCGAUAUAUGAUUAUUGUCACGAAUUAGCUGUGCAAGCUGGUGAAUUGGUGAGCAAGAAAUGGGGAACUCCGGUAUUGGAUCAAAAAGAUGCCACCCAAAUCAGUACUAUGAUUACCGUUCCAGUGCCUAUUGAUGUUCCCGAAUUUAUUGAGGAUUGGACAAAGUAUGUUGAUUUGGUUUAUGCCAAAUGUUUUGCUAAGAAAGCAUACACGCCGUGCAUUGCCCAUAAUGGUAAACUAUUGGCUAGGUUUUCUUGUCAAAUCUACAAUGAAUUGGAUGAUUAUGAUUAUGCCAGUGAUGUGUUGAUUGAGGCCUUAAAUGAAGUUGCCAAAGAGGAGAAGUUGAAGAAGCAGAGAAGUUCAUAG